CUCGACCGAAAUGUUCAAAGCUUUCUUCUUAACCUUUCUCAUUGAUCACCACAAAGACUAAUCAAGAUGCCAUCUUCACUAUCUGCAGAGAAGAACUUAUCGUUAAAGAUCUUGAAGGCUGCUUCAAAAGGCAAAUAUGCUAUCCUUGCACAAAGCUGUUAUGAUGCUCAAAGCGUCAUUGCUUUGAUCAGGGCAGCCGAAGAAACAAAUUCACCAGCGAUUGCACAGCUAUUUCCAAUCACGAUGAAGCAGUUUGGAAUUUAUUUCACACGUUUUGUAAUUGAAGCAUGUCAUUCUGCCAAAGUGCCAAUCUCGGUUCAUGUUGAUCAUGCAGGAACAGAGGAAGAUAUCGAAAGAGUUCUUCAAUUUGCCGAAAAAGGCGCUGCUGUCGAUUCGAUCAUGAUCGAUUGUAGUCAUCACGAUUCAGAUGAGGAAAACAUUGCAAUGGCAAAACCUUUUUGCCAACGUGCUGAGAAGCUAGGAAUGGCAGUUGAAGUGGAACUUGGAAGAUUGGCUGGAGGAGAAGCAGGCGUACGAACGAUACCAGAAGGUGCAUUGACAAAGCCCGAAAAAGCAGAAAAGUUUUUGAAUGAACUUAAUGUUGACUUGUUGGCGCCAAGUAUUGGAAACAUUCAUGGUCAAUAUAUCAACCCGCCAAAUUUCCGUUUGGAUCUCUUGGAAGAAUUACAAAGCAAGAUUGGAAAUGGAACAAAGAGUGAUGCAAUCAUUGUAUUGCAUGGAACAGAUACUCUAUCCGAUCAGCUAUUUAAAGAUUGUGUUGAAAGAGGAUGCACAAAGAUCAAUGUAAACUCUUGGGCUCGUGAUCCUCAAGUGCAGUAUUGGGAAAAGAAUAUGGAAAGGCAAGGGUUGCCAGACGCAUACGAAGGCGGAAUGCAAGAAUUCGAAAAAGCUUGCAAGAGAUUCUUCAAGUUGUUGGGAAGCGAAGGCAAAGCUUAGAGAGUCAGAUAGAAUAGCACACAAUAAAUAUGAUCCAAUCAAUCAAUUGAAAAUAGAAAGACAUGAUUACAGAUAGAUGAUAGAAUAAUACAC